GGCGGCCUCGCUUCUACUUAGGAGGAAUCGGCAGUCGGCAGAGAUGGAUGUGCUGUGGAGAAUGGGACAAGCCGAGGCUAUACCUCCCAAAACCAUCUGGCCAAUCAUUCACGUGAGACGGACUCGUGGCCCAUCACGUGGUCUGGAGACCCGAUGACGUAGCCGCUUCCCGAGCCUUCGUUGUUUCUCUUGCACUCUUGCACUCCUGCACUUUCACGAGAGCUCCCUCUCACCCAGCAACCCCUCGCCAACGCUCGGUCCUUCGUCCCAGCAACGUGCCGUCCGAUCCGGCACCGCAAUAUACAAUGAAGAAGACCCUGCUUUUAGUGUUCAUCCAUGGCUUCAAGGGGGAUGAUGAUACGUUUGGCGAGUUUCCAGACCACCUCCGUGUGCUGAUGGCCCGGUCCCUCCCUGCUGUGCAGGUCGCUACGGCAGUCUACCCGAAGUACCAGACUCGAGGCGAGCUAAAAGAGUGCGUGGGUAUGUUCCGGGAAUGGCUGCAGAAUAAAGUCAUCGACUUGGAGGUCGAAAACCGGACGGCUUCACCCACUGUUGAUCCCUCCGUCCAUGUUUUUUUGAUUGGGCACUCCAUGGGCGGGAUAGUCGCCGCAGAGACCCUUCUGCUGCUUGCUUCGGAACAGCCCAUUCCCACGAAAUCCGCCGCAGAUAUCUCGACGGAUCCGACUGCAACUAACUCCCUAGCGGAUUCUGGAACGGCGGUGGGGGCGGGGUCUUUCAUGUUCCCUCAUAUCCAGGGUAUCGUCGCGUUCGAUACCCCUUUUCUGGGCAUCGCUCCCGGCGUGGUAUCGUACGGCGCCGAGGGCCAGUACCGAAAUGUUACCUCCGCUUACACGGCACUAUCGGAAGCGGCUGGCUUGUUUGGGCUGGGAGGUGGCAGUUCCUCACACAAGUCAGCGUCUAGCGGUCAGGGAAACGAUUCCAAUAAGCAGCUGCCCCCUUCGGCUCCUAGCACCUCCUCGGCCACGGACGCCGCCGCGACGCCGUCCUGGCAGCGGUGGGGCCGAUAUGCCAUGUUUGCAGGAGCAGCAGGGGCCUUGGCCGCUGGCGGAGCGGCCGCGAUGUACUCCCAGCGUGAUAGGUUGACGGACGGAUUGGGCUGGGUGUCAUCCCAUUUGGCAUUCGUUGGCUGUCUAGCCCGUGCUCCGGAGUUGCGGCAGCGUCUCGCGCUCUUAUCCGAGGCACAACAGGAGCGAGGGGUUGGCUGCACCAAUUUCUAUACGUGCUUGGGCCAAGGCGCAAGUUCUCUGGUCGAGAACAACAAAUCCGGGACUUCAUCGUUUAGCCAGAAGAUUAUACGGUCCAAAAACCGCACAUUUUGCUCGCUUCCCGCGGAAGUGGAAUCGGGAGCCUCGCAUCGAGACAUUCGAUGGGUCAGGGCGGUGAACGAUAAAGCUGCAGAUGAAAUCAAAGCGCACGUUAGCAUGUUCUUGCUAAAGGAGAACCCGGCGUUCUAUUCACUCGUUACUGAUGCAUGCCAGCUGCUGGUGGAGUCGGUGGACAAGGGCUGGUACGCUACGGCGACGGGGCCAAUCGAGGAAGUAAACGAGGACAUGCAGCCGCAGGCCGAGGCUGUCCGCGCCGAGGGCCAGACCGAUAGUGGGUUCAUGGACGGUGAGGACGUCGUGGUCGUGGAAUGAUCUCGUUCCAGCACCAAACAACGCAGCUCACCAAUCAGAAAUCCAACCUGCCGAACAUAUCUAAUUCCCAUUACCAUCAGUACUGACAAGCUGCACGAUCUCCGAUCAAAAACAGUCCAGUCUCCCACUAUCCCUCACCACCCACUCCCCUCAGCCUUCCAGAAAGAAGAAAGAGAGGGGGGGGGGUGUUUCAGAGCACGAAAUUCUGCACCCAUCUGCAGAUUAUCCCGCGUAAUCCGAUAU